CGCGGCGAUCACCAGCGACAUCGCUCCUAUCGCGACAGUCAUGGAGACGAUCGGGUUAGGAAGCACCGCGAUGACGAUCGCGAUGAUCGGGAGGCGAAGCGUAGAGACCAUCGGGAUCGGGAUAGCGGUAGAUACGACAGCAAGCAUGGCCGCUCUUCGCACUCUGAGCGAAAGCGAUCAUACGACAGCGAUGAAGAUGAAGCGGAGCGACGAGAGCGCAGACGCGAAAAGAAGGAGCAGGAAAGAGCAGCACGAAAGGCAGCCAAGCGAGCAGCCAAAGAGGAGGAUGAGGCCUCUGCGCAAAGAGCCAUGGCGGCCGAAGCGCUGAUGUACAGCGCAGAGGAUAAUCCAUUCAAUGACGCAGAUCUCAGCAGCAAGUUCAAAUGGCGCAAAAAGGAGGACAAGGAGAAGAAGCAAGGAAUGAGCAGAGCUGAAGCCGAGGCGAGGGAUGCAGAGAGACGAAGAGAAGCGAUGGCGAAGAUCGCGCGGCUGAAUCAAAAGAGAGCAGAGAGGGAGAGGGAGCAGCAAGAAAGGGAAGAAGAGGAAGCUAGAAUGGCUCGACUAGCAGAAAGCGCCGCCAUGUCCGAGUGGGUGGCUAAGGAGGACGACUUCCAUCUGCAACAGAGCAGGAAACGUGCAGCUAUCCGGGUCAGGGAAGGUCGAGCUAAGCCCAUCGAUCUGUUGGCUAUCAAUCUCAAGUGGGCCGAUCCGAAAGUCUUACGGGAUAAAGACUCCAGAGAUAGGGACGAGGGCGACGACGAGGAAGAUGACGAAGCUGGUCUGGAAAUUGAUCUCGAGGAGCCAUACCUGAUCUUUGAGAACCUCUCCCUCGACGAGGUUGAAGAGCUACAUCAGGACAUCCAAAUGUACCUCACGCUCGAAAAGAAUGAGCAACAUCUCGAUUUCUGGAAGGCCAUGGUCAUUGUGUGUGAUGACAAGCUCGACGAGCUACGGAUGAUUGAGGACGGCGCGAACCCUCAACAAAGAUCAUUGGACCCAGCUGUCAGGUCAGAGAUGGAUACUAUGCUAGGCAACAAGACACAUGAGCAGCUGGUCGGUCUGCAGGAUCAAGUUCGAUCAAAGUUGAAGUCUGGAGAGUCGAUCGACGUCGAGUAUUGGGAGGGGCUGCUCAAACAGAUUGUCGUCUGGCGCGCGAAGGCUAGGCUUAGAGAUCAGCACGAAAACGUUUUGGCCAAUCGCAUUGCUUACCUGAGAAAGAGGCAGAGGCUGGAAGCAGAGAGGAUGCAAGAGGAACUGAGGGCGCAGAUGCAGGAUGGUGAAGAUGAUACCUCUGGUCAAUCUGAAGCGCAACCGUUGCCAACUGGGGCCGAUGCUGACGAGGACCAAGCGGCAGAAGCACAGGCUGCUGCUGCGGAGGCGGAGCUCCUUCGCAUACAGACCGAGUGGGACGAAACGAUGGAGCCGGGCUUCAUUGACCGAAACAGCCUUCCCUACGCCGACCGGCAGGUAGCAGUCGUCGAUCCUGAUGAGGAUCGCGUCAACUUGUUAGAGGCAAGGCGCAAGGUUCUUGGUGCGCGCUUCGUCCCUCGCAAUUCUGGUCCGCGUCAUGCCAGAGGAGAAGGCGAAGAUACGGACGCGUCGAUGUGGAAGCAAGAAGCUUCCAAGCCUAUGGAUGUGGAGGAGGAAGCGUUCAAUAAUGCCGAAGAGCUGGUUGGUAAAUCUUAUCAGUGGGAAGAUAAGUACAGGCCUAGGAAACCGAGGUACUUCAACCGCGUGCACACGGGCUUCGAGUGGAGCAGGUACAACCAGACGCAUUAUGACUCGGUGGAGAAUCCGCCUCCGAAAGUCGUGCAAGGCUACAAGUUCAACAUCUUCUACCCAGAUCUCAUCGACAAGAGCAAAGCUCCCACAUACCGCAUACGCAAGGAUCCGAACGAUCCCGACACGGCCAUCAUCAUAUUCGUUGCUGGUCCUCCUUACGAAGACAUUGCCUUUCGCAUCGUCAACAAGCCUUGGAAUCUCGCCCACCGGAGAGGGUUCAGGGCUAGCUUUGAUCGAGGCAUCAUGCAGCUCUACUGUAAGUAUUGUGCUUUUGCAGAGCGGCCAAACAAGCUUGCAAGACCGAGACAUGUACUCGAGCUUACUCGCCAUCUCUCGCACCCAAACAGUCUCGUUUCAGCGCAACUUCUAUCGCAAGUG